CUUAAUAUUGUAAUGGAUUUUAAGCCGUGGUAAGAAAAUGACCUUCCAGAAACGAGAAUUGUCUUCGUUUCGCAGUAUGACCACAAUGUUUCAGGACGACCAUAGUCUUACUAUCGAAUUAAGCUAUUUCUUAUGAAACGACAAUUUCGUAAAAGUUAAUCUGAGCUACAUACCAACCGUAUUUAAGAAGAUAGUCUGCUAAUACGUGUUUCUACUACGGAUAAUAAUUUGUCUGAAAAGUUAAAUUAAACAGCCACUUAUGAUGACCAUCUGGCAGGAGAUUUCCCAUCACUGUGAAGUUGGGAUGUGAACGUGGACUGUUUCCUAUUAUGUAUGUAUGGCAUACUUAAAAUCGGUAAAAGCAAACUUCUCGGUAUUAAAGUUACUACCACUUGGUAUUAACAUUGUACGUAUUUGCACUCAAUAUGGAAACUUUAAUACCGAGCUGUUACUACUCGGUAACAAUUAUCAUUUAUCAAUACCGCCUUGCUUGAGCCAUACAUGAUGGUUAACAUUAGAGUAGGUAGGUUAACACCAGCCAGCAGCCGUCGGAGCCACCAAACAAUGAUUACUGUAAGCUCAACAAUGUAACCAGUGUUUGGUGGCUCUAAUGCAUGUUAUUUUGAAUCACCCAAUGCACACAUCUAGCCGCCUCACCAGGGUGGGGUUGGUCUCACUUGAUGCAUGCUAUGUUCUUAAGGAGCAAAGUUUACUUUGAAUUUAGCAUAACUUACUUCAUUUAUUUAGUCUAAAUAAAUUAAGUUUAAAAUUAAAGCUAAAUCUAAAUCUAGUCUAAAUUUUAGAUUCCAUAGUGAACUUAUUUUUCAAAAGGGAGACACGUUUUAUAAAAGUGUAAAUAGUGCUUGUGUUCAUUUCAUCUGCAUGGCGACUUUGGAAUGUUUAGCUUGGUGUUGUGCGUUGGUCGUAUUGUUUAAAUACUUAUUUGCGAAACCAUGGUCAUAAUAAAUUCAUUUAUAAGCUUAUUUUCGUGUACAUAUUUACCACGAAUGGGGUUUACAGAGUAUGACCAAUACAUAAUCCAAAAUGCACGCAUGCAGACUGGAUGAUGAUUACGAUAAACAGUUUUCAUGACGCCAGAGAGAUAACUCAACUUGUAAACAUUUUGCGCAUCUGUGAAUUUGCAGAGAAGGCCCGUUUUUAAAAAAUAGGACGAUGAAGCUUGUUCUGAAUUUGUUGGUUUUCGUUACAACGACGUUUGCUGAUACAAAUGACGUGCCAACCGAAAAAUCAGUGUGGACAGGAAAUAAAUCGUCAUCGUGUCCGACGUACUGUGCUUAUUGCGUUGCUGGUACUUGUUACGACUAUUACGAUAUCGAUUCUGGGAAUGACCACGGACUGGGACUUGCUUGGAUUAUUAUUAUCUGCAUCGUCGUGGCUUUUGUCGUCGUCUUUAUCUGCAUUCCAAACUUGAUUUGCUUCUGUCGUGACUACUGCUGUUUCAAAUCAGGUCCAACACGACAAACUAGACUUGCCGAUGACCAAGGACAAGCUUUACCCAGUUUGGAGAAACAAUUCGGUGUACAAGAAAAUCCGCCGGGGAGACAAGCUGAAUGAAGGACAAUACGUAUAUUGAGAUUAAAAUGGGCAACGUAUAUUUAUUUUACAUAUGUAGAUACAUGUUAGCUUCGCAUUUAACGAAUUACCAUAAAAAAAACUUUUUUAAAUUAACCAUUGCUACAAUGUAUGUAUAUAUUUAGCCUCCAACGUUUUUAUACAAAUUUAACUAAAAACUUAUUUACCUAAAAACUUAUUCCAGAAAUAAUUCGUACUUUAUCUACAUAUGUACAUGCAUACUUUAUAAAUUUAAAUAGAAAUUGGAAACGUAUUUAUUUCGCAAUUUCAUAAUCUCCAUUAAAAGGUUUUGAAGGUGCAGGUAUUUAUGUACGUAGGUCAUGGAAAUUAAAUAAAAACAGGAUAACACAGUCAA